AUAAAUUUUGUCAUAAAAUAACUAAUGUAUAUCAUCUAUAGUUUGAGACUGUAAUUAUGAUUAGAUAAUCUCUUUGAGACAGUAUUUAUUUUUUAAGAUUAUUCAUAUCAUUAUAAACAUUAUAACAAUAUAUUAUAUGUUUUAAGUGAAUCAUAAUCUAGUAUAUACACAUACAAACACUCACAGUUUUAAUAUAUUGCAAGUUGUAACAAUCAUUCUCUAUCAACAAAAAAAAAAGACAACUUUUUCUUCUUUAUUUUACCAAGUUUCACACCCCCAGUUCCUAGUCCGAGAAGAAACCCUCAAAUAAUUUAAAUGCCUCCCACAAUGUCUUGUUUGAUUCCCAAAACAGUUUUCAUAUUCCUUGUCACUUGUUUUGUGUGUCUUGGACCUUAUGCCCAUGCAAGAAGUUUGAAUUCACCCGUCAUGGAAGAAACCAACCCGCUCAUAAAAACGACAAAGGUUGCAGAGGAAAACAACGAGAAGAAUUUACAAGUAAAUAUCAUUUACGGAGGUUAUAAAAGUGGACCUGAUGAUUCAGGAAAAGGCCACGAUGCACCGUUACUACCAAAAACACCGAUGAAUAUAAUCUAUGGAGGUUAUAAAAGUGGACCUGAUGGUUCAGGAAAAGGUCACGAUGCACCGUUACCACCAAAAACAUCGAUGAAUAUAAUAUAUGGAGGUUAUAAAAGUGGACCUGAUGGUUCAGGAAAAGGCCACGAUGCACCGUUAUCACCAAAAACACCGAUGAAUAUAAUCUAUGGAAGUUAUAAAAGUGGACCUGAUGGUUCAGGAAAAGGCCACGAUGCACCGUUACCACCAAAAACACCGAUAAAUAUAAUCUAUGGAAGUUAUAAAAGUGGACCUGAUGGUUCAGGAAAAGGCCACGAUGCACCGUUACCACCGAAAACACAGAUGAAUAUAAUCUAUGGAGGUUAUAAAAGUGGACCUGAUGGUUCAGGAAAAGGCCACGAUGCACCGUUACCACCAAAAACAACUUUAAAUAUAAUCUAUGGAAGUUAUAAAAGUGGACCUGAUGGUUCAGGAAAAGGCCACGAUGCACCGUUACCACCGAAAACACCGAUGAAUAUAAUCUAUGGAGGUUAUAAAAGUGGACCUGAUGGUUCAGGAAAAGGCCACGAUGCACCGUUACCACCAAAAACACCGAUGAAUAUAAUCUAUGGAGGUUAUAAAAGUGGACCUGAUGAUUCAGGAAAAGGCCACAAUGCACCGUUACCACCAAAAACACCGAUGAAUAUAAUCUAUAGAGGUUAUAAAAGUGGACCUGAUGGUUCAGGAAAAGGCCACGAUGCACCGUUACCACCAAAAACACCGAUGAAUAUAAUCUAUGGAGGUUAUAAAAGUGGACCUGAUGGUUCAGGAAAAGGCCACGAUGCUCCGUUACCACCAAAAACACUGAUGAAUAUAAUCUAUGGAGGUUAUAAAAGUGGACCUGAUGGUUCAGGAAAAGCCCACGAUGCACCGUUACCACCAAAAACACCGAUGAAUAUAAUCUAUGGAGGUUAUAAAAGUGGACCUGAUGUUUCAGGAAAAGGCCACGAUGCACCGUUACCACCAAAAACACCGAUAAAUAUAAUCUAUGGAAGUUAUAAAAGUGGACCUGAUGGUUCAGGAAAAGGCCACGAUGCACCGUUACCACCGAAAACACCGAUGAAUAUAAUUUAUGUACCUGAUGAUCAAGGCAAUGGUCACGGUUCACCGUCACCUCGUGUUUAAAUAAGAGAUGGUAUAGUGUUGGGUUCAUUUUCCUUAUAUGGCAUAUGUAAUUUGUGUGAGAGAUAUAUAAACAAUAAUAAAUACAAUUAAUAAAAAAAGUUUGUGAUGAUGAAGUUGCACUGCACUCUAAUUUGAUGAGGUAAGAUGGG